GAAAAAGUAAAAGCAAACAAAAUCCAAAAUCCAAAAUCCAAAACAGUCAACAUUCUAGACUUCACAAUCUUGUUACCACUAACGCACAAAACUUACAAGCAGAUUACAAAAGUAGCAAGCUUCCUGCUUUUAAUGGAGGGAGGAAAAUCAAGAGAAGAAAUGGAGAAACAAUGGAAAAUAUACGAAGCAUACAAUGAACUUCAUGGUUUAGCUCAAGAAUUUGAGACUCCCUUUGAAGCUCCUGCAAUUCUGGUAGUGGGUCAUCAAACUGAUGGUAAAAGUGCUUUAGUUGAAGCUCUUAUGGGUUUCCAAUUCAACCAUGUUGGUGGUGGAACCAAGACUCGUCGACCCAUUACUCUUCAUAUGAAGUAUAAUCCUGAUUGUGAAUCCCCUCUUUGUUUUCUUGUAUCCGAUUCUGAUCCUACUCUUAUGGAACAAAAUUCACUUGAGGCAAUUCAGGCAUUCAUUGAAGCAGAGAACAUGAGGCUUCAAAGUGAGCCAUGCCAGUUUUCUUCUAAAGAAAUAAUUAUAAGAGUAGAAUAUAAGUACUGUCCAAACCUCACCAUUAUAGACACCCCAGGUCUCAUUGCUCCUGCCCCGGCUCGAAAGAGUCAUUCAUUACAGGUUCAAGCUUCAGCUGUUGAGUCACUAGUUCGGGCUAAAAUGCAGCAUAAGGAGUUCAUUAUUUUAUGCCUUGAAGAUUGCAGUGAUUGGAGCAUUGCGACUACAAGAAGGGUGGUAAUGCAGGUUGAUCCAGAGCUUGCAAGGACUGUAAUUGUGUCAACGAAGCUUGAUACAAAAAUUCCUCAGUUUGCACGGGCUUCUGAUGUGGAGGUUUUCCUCUCUCCACCAGCUUGUACCCUUGAUGGUUUCAUACUAGGCGAUUCCCCAUUUUUCACUUCAGUACCUUCGGGAAGAGUUGGUUCAUCUCCUGAUUCUGUUUACAGAUCAAACGAUGAAUUUAAAAAGGCUAUUAGUUUGAGGGAGGCGGAAGAUAUUUCAUCAUUGGAGGAGAAACUCGGCAGGUCACUGGCAGAGAAAGAAAGGAGCAGAAUUGGUAUAAGCAGCCUCAGACGAUUUUUAGAAGAAUUGCUGGAGAAGAGGUACAUAAAUAGCGUUCCAUUGAUCAUUCCGCUUCUAGAAAAGGAGCAUCGAAGUGCAACACGAAGCGUAAAUGAACUUGAUGAAGAAUUAAGCAUGCUGAAUGUCUUAAAUUUGAAGGAGAAAGGAAGACACUUUCAUGAUCAGUUCCUUACAAAGUUGUCAUUGCUGCUGAAAGGAUCCAUUGUAGCUCCACCAGAUAAGUUUGGGGAAACACUCCAAGAUGAAAGAGUAAAUGGGGGAUCGUUCACCGGUCCAGAUGGUCUUCAAUUUCCUCCGAAGUUGAUUCCUAAUGCAGGAAUGCGUCUCUAUGGAGGGGCACAAUAUCACCGUGCUAUGGCUGAAUUUCGCUUUGUGGUAGGAGGAACUAAAUGUCCUCAAAUCACACGUGAAGAAAUUGUGAAUGCUUGUGGAGUUGAAGAUAUUCAUGAUGGAACAAACUAUUCUAGAACGGCUUGUGUGAUCGCCGUCUCGAAGGCUCGUGACACAUUUGAACCUUUUCUUCAUCAGUUGGGCAAUAGGCUCUUGCACAUUCUCAAGAGAUUGCUUCCUAUUUGUAUCUUCCUUCUACAGAAAGAUGGGGAAUAUCUGAGCCGCCAUGAGGGUUUUUUAGAUCGUGUUACUUCAGCGUAUAAUAGUUUUGCAGAAUCUACGGAAAGAUCAUGCCGAGAAAAGUGCAUGGAAGAUUUGGUGAGCACAACCCGCUAUGUUUCUUGGUCUCUCCACAACAAGAAUCGAGCUGGUUUGCGUCAUUUCCUGGACUCUUUUGGUGCUAGUGCCACGGAUCCAUCUGUUCUUGGGGAUUCAACACUGAAAGAAAAGAUAGAGACUUCGCAAAAAAUGGCUGCCAAAUCAAGCCAGUUGGCCUCAGGCAUGGACUCGAAUGGCUCUGGCCAGCUGACUGAAACGAGACUGGCUGAUGUGCUUGACAAUACCCUUUGGAACCGGAGACUCGCUCCUUCAUCAGAGAGGAUUGUAUAUGCUCUAGUGCAGCAAAUAUUUCAUGGGAUAAAAGAAUAUUUUUUGGCAUCUGCUGAAUUAAAGUUCAACUGUUUUUUGUUGAUGCCGAUAGUAGACAAGCUACCUGAAAAACUGCGUGAAGAUUUGUCUAAAUUCGAAGAUGAUUUAGAUAGCGUAUUCGAUGUUGCUAGUUUGAGAAGCUCUUUAGACCAGCGUAAGCGAGACAUGGAAAUCGAACUUAAACGGAUUCGAAAGCUGAAGGACAAAUUUAAACAAAUUCACACGCAGUUAUACCAUGAAGUCAAGUUUGUGCCAUCUUGAUGAACAUUAUUUUUUGAUCGACGCAAUAUAACGUUACAUUUGAGUUAGUAUUGUUCGUAAACUCGCAAAUGAUAAUAUUGUUGGUGUUAAAUUAAAUCCUUUUGGAUUUUUGGUAAAUGAGUAAACAUUGUAUGAUGAGAUAGCGUGGGGGAUUUCUAUCUAUUUACAAGAAUACCUCUUCAUACAA